AUGCUAGAGACGCCCUACCGUCCUGCCGAAAUCUUCAAGCGCGCAGACGAGCUUUUGGAAAAGGAGGCGUCGGAACAGAGAAAGAUUUCGGCAGUGUUCAGUGUGCAGCAAGGAUUGGACAACAAGGAAGGAGGAUUGCAGAUGGAGAUGGAGCAAGGCAAGGGGAUGGCAGACGAAGCGAGCAAGCGGGCGCAAAGUGUGGAUCUAUUCGUCUAUUCCAGCGUAGACUUUGGCGGCAUCAAUCCCACUCCUUGCGAUCACUUCGAAUCCAAACGCACGAUCGAAGACUACAUCAAGUCCGCCCAUCCAGAUUUGCCGCUGACCAUUCUUCGACCCGUCUUUUUCGCCGAUAAUAUCGCCGAUUAUGGAUAUUCUGGCAAACUGUUCGUAGCGGCGCUUAAUGGAUGCGUCAAGGACAAGCUGCAAAUGAUCGCGUGCAAAGAUAUCGGCAUCUUUGCCAGCAAGGCGAUAGAGGACCCUUCGGGCUGGAAAGGACGCACACUCAGUCUGGCAGGCGACUACCUAUCCCCAAAAGAGAUGGCUAAUCAAUUCAAAGAGGUCAAGGGAAGCGCUCUGCCUGCUACCAGCAGCCUGUUGGGAUUCGGUCUUGUCAAGAGCGUUCCUCCACUCAGGGUCAUGUUCAACUUCUUCAACGACCCCGGAUUCAAGGCGGAUAUUGAAGAGUGCAGAUCCAUACAUCCGGGGCUCCAGAGCUGGAAGGAUUAUGUGCAGGACAAGUGGUAG